UACGUGGCGGUGUGUCGUGACGAGGCAGGAGCGGCGGCGCUCCUAGAGGGCGCGGGGGCGGCGCGGGGCGCGAGGGACGCGGCUGGUCGCACGCCCGCUGCUUACCGCGGAGCCCGCACUCUACUCACGCUGCCCACCGUGGACGACAUGGCGCGGGAAACCGCAAAGAAUCCACCAGGAUUGGUGAUAAAACGCCAUAACAUUCGAAUAUGGUGUCACGACUGCGACAUGGCGCGGCUACAACGCGUGGUCUGGGAGGGUCAUGGCACAAGACUACUCAGUGAGGUCUCCAGUCAACCAAUCGUCAAACGUUUUUUGGAGGCAGUCCCAUAUAUCAUGAACACAAUACGUGAUGUUCACAACGCUGUUGUUAAAAACGAUUUAGAAGGGCUAAUGAAGCACUCGGGUGACCCAGUACCGCCACAAAUCCUUUCCAGUCGCGAUGGUAACAAUAUGACCGUGAUGCACAAGGCUGCAGGCUUGGGCCACAGCAGCAUAUUAAAAUACAUAGCGGAAAGGUAUCCUCAAGGGAUUAACGAUGUAGACAGCGAUGGUCGAACUCCGUUGCAUUAUGCUGCGGCCAUGAGAGAUGAGCAGCACACAUACAACACUCUUGUUGGACUGGGUGCAGAUGAAGGAGCUUUGGAUAAUAAAAAUAAAACUCCCGGAUAUUACAUUAAUAGACCACAAGAAAUAGACAAAAAUAUACUUAAAACUUUGCCCGAUGCCCCAAGAACUGCAUCCAGUGCUUAUCCGUCAUCUUGGGAUUGGAAAUUGCUUAACAAUGACGUCAUAGCAGAACUAAAUAAAAAGUCAAGGAGGAGAAAUUUAAAAGCUUCAACUGAAAACUUAUCAUCUAAAAACAAUUCUAAUACUCUAUCUGAAACUACAGAAACUCGCGCUGGUAUCAUGAAAACAAGUAGCACGCAUGAAUUAAUUAAAGAUUUACCUGAACUUGAUGAGGGUAACAAAUUAAUCGUUAACGAGACCGAUAGCCAGCCAGAGAAGUUAGAAAACAAUAAUGAAACAGAAGAUCAACAGAACAUUGAAGAAAACAAUGAACAAAAUACUGAGGAAACUCAAGCUGUAACUGACAACGUUGACGAUGACCAAACAACAGAGCAUCAAGAGAAAGAGAAUGAUUCGAUAGAAAAUACUGCAGAUCUGAAUGAAGAAGAGGUGCUCCAAGCGAAACAAGACAUUCAUACAAUAACAGAAAAAGUUGUUGAAAACAUAGAAGAAAACGUUGAACGGACUACAGACGGUGAUGCAGAGGAUCAGCACAAAGAAGAUAAUGAUGAUGCAAAUGAACUUAAUAAAGAUGAAAAAGAUGAUAGCACUGAACAUCCUAUAAAGAAUAUCAAUUCUGAAAACAGCACAGAAAAUAUUAAAGCAGAAGAAGAAAUAGAUAGUGGCUUAUUAAAUGAAACUGACAAUGCGGAUAGUCAAAAUGUUUCCUCGACGCCCAGGUCUGCUUCUAAAUCAGCCCGUAUAAGAAGUGGAAAAUUUCAAAAUCACGAGAAUGAAGACCAGAAUGCGACUGAAAAUUAUAUUCCUACUAAAUAUAAUGAAAGUGACUUUGAAGCAGAAACUUUGACACGGGACUCUGAUGACCAAAAUGGAACAGGUGAGGAAACAUCACAGGACACACAAAUUCACUUACUAUGUGGUUCAGUUGACUCUACCAAUGACGACGAGAUACACAAUAGUAAUAUUGAAAACUGCGACAGUUCAAAUCACAGUGUAGAAAACGGAAGUACUGAUGAAAAUGAAAAGGUUGAUGCCCACGAUAUAGAAGUUGAUAAAAAUAUCCAAAGUGAGGUUGAUCAAAAUAUCCACAUUGCAGAUGAUGGUAACUUUAAAAAUAAUUCUGAUCAUAAUGAAGACGAUGACGAUGUUCAAGUUCAAGGAAUUAAUCAAUCAGAUCAUAGUGAUUCUUAUUUAAAACAUACUACCGACUUGCUUAAAUCGGGAAGUGCUAAAAGAGAUAGGACCGAAAUCUCUUCAGGCACCAUACACGAAACAAUAAAAAGAAACGAGAUCAACGGCCGAAAUUCUCAGGAAAGUCUCGUUGAAGGAAUUAUCAACGGUUUUCCUGAGCAAGACUCGCAAGAUGCAAGUGUCACACAGGGAGAAGAAUCAGUCCAUGGAAACGUACUAACAGGUGAUAAUGAGAUAGACCCUGAGGUAACAGAUUUAAUAAAUAGUGCCAAUAUGGAAAUGUUGGCAACACUCGUAUUAAACGGAGAAGGCUCGAGACUCAUUGGAAGACGAUCCGGAAACACUGAGCUCCAAGCAUUUCUUGCGAAUGUGCCUACAUAUAUGCAAAAAAUAAACAAGGUCCACCUUGCAGCGAAAGAAGGAAAUUUAAAAGAUCUACAGGCCGCCUUAGACAGGCGAAAGUUUGCAAUUGCUCGAGAUCCAAUAUCACCGAACGGUUCAACUCCAUUACAUGUUGCAACAGUAUUUGGAAAAACAAAUAUCAUGAAAUACUUAGGAGGAAGGUUCCCAGAAACAUUAUCUGCCGUGGAUUUUGAAGGCAGAACAGCACUGCACUAUGCUGCCGUUUUACCAGACAAUGGCCAUUACUACAACUUACUCCAACAGCUUGGUGCAAACUCCAAAGAUUUGGAUGAUAAUGGAAGAUCUGCUGAAGAUUAUUAUAAAAAUCCAGGCUUGCUGCCUUUCGAUGAGUUGUUGAGAGAUUUCGGUUUGACAGAAGAAGCUAUUAAAACUUUAUUCUCCGACAAAGGUCCGACCAACGGCAACGGUUAUACAGACAUUCCUGCCUUUAAGACCGAAGAAGGCAGAUAUCUUGCAAAGUCUCUCGGGGAUCCUUUGAUCAAAGGUCUGACCGAGGUGGCUAAUGUGAAACCCAAGGAUCCGGUAGCUUUCCUCGCCAGUUUUCUGCAAAACUUUCCGGAAAGUGAGAAGCCUCUGUUGAUGACACAAGAAUCCAACAUGCUAGUGACACAUGAAUCGGCGGAAGUUGAAAAUGAACAAAACCCAGAACCGUUGGAAACGAUGGAUCAGCCUCGAAGUGAAACGCGCACCGAGACUCGAGCACACCGACCUAUAGACGUCAUUACAGUCGACCCGCAACCGAUCAUCAGUCCUGAUGCUCCGGAAACAGCAUUUAGCAGCGCAAACAGGGAUGAGCAUGGCCAAUCGAUGCUACAUUUCGCAGCUGCGCGGACUCACGCGCGUAACGCUCUAUUCCAAUUACUCCAAGAGUCGGAAAUUAGUCUUGGUUACAGAGAUGAACUCUAUAGAACUGCUCGUGAUGUUUCCAUUCAAGCCAACGUACCUGAAAAUACUGCCGAGAUUGACAAAUGGGUUCUUCAUUUGGCGGCUAGAGGUAAUAAAGAUAAAAUAACGGAGCUUCUUCUCGAAGGCUACGACCAUAUAUUGGAUGUUAUUGACGAAGAAGGUGUCGCCAUAACAGAUGUCGUGGCGCAGCGUGACGACCCCGAAAUGUCUCGUCUGCUGGCGUCGAUACCAAGUUUUGAGGAAUCUCGUGAGUCCCUCCACGGUGCGGUGAGGCGAGGGGACAUGACCACGAUGCAACGGAUCCUUUCUACUGGAGACGGAAGGAACUUAGCUCGGAGCCAGAACUCAUUCGGUAGAACCGCAUUACACGUCGCCGUACUAGCUCAACAUGAAGACAUAGUUGAACAACUAGCUCAGAAUUACCCAGAGUUGUUACGUAUUGGUGAUAAUUUGGAACGAACUCCCCUACACUACGCGAUGGGAGUAGAAAAGAUCGAGUCCCUAAGUAGAGUUCUAAUAAAAGCUGGAGCAAAACGCGUCCUCAAGGAUCUCAAGGGUCGACAGCCAUCUUAUUACUUCAUGAACAAAUCAGACAUACUGCGGCUCAAAGAGGAAGAAGAUGUAUUUUGAUCAGCCUCUCGAUGAAAAGUAAUGUACCUACCGAGUAGUUAAAUAGUUUGGAUCUCAAGUGUUAGAAAGUUAAAAACAAGAAAUCGUAUAGGUAAAUAGAACGGUACACGUUGAUUUAAGGAAUGCUUUUUAAUGCUUUUUAAAGUGCACUUAUUUCUUUCUGCAAUGUUUAAAAUAAAAUUUUCUAUAUAAUAGUUAUGUAAUGAACUUGAAGGGACCCUGAAUUUUAAUAAAUGUUUAAGUAUAUCAGAUAAA